AUGGCGCGCAGCGGUCGCGCCCCCGGCAGUAAUGUUGGAAGCAAGACGCCCUGGAAUUGGCGCCUACUGGUGCUUGUACUUGGAGCGUCGAUUGUUUUGAUCUGGACAUGCGGUCAGCUCAUCCUUCUCGGGAAUGAUUGUUUGGCAGAGCGUGAACGCGCGGUUCACGCAGAGGAUCUGGUUCUGAAAAGCCAAGCAGUCCGAGAAGAAGCUCGCCAGGCCUUCGAACGGCAAGUGGCAGAUUUGAAGAAGCAGUUGGCAGAGGCUGCAGCCCCGGCCAGCUCAAGUCCGCCGAGCAAAGGUGACGCGGAAUGGCAAAAUAUGGUCCACGGGCUGCAGGCCGAGAUCGAGCGGCUGCGGAAAGAGAACUUCCGGCUCAAGGCAUCUAGCCAGAGCUCCCCAGCGCAGGUCGAGAUGGCGCACAGCGAGCCGCAACGAUAUGCCCAGGCGCUUUCAACAGCUGAGCUCACCGAGGACUUGCUGAAGUCGUUAGCUUCUAAUGGCGCCAUCGGCGUUGCCAUUGUCACGUGCAAGCGGCCGAAAUACCUUUCGAGGACGAUGGACUCGGUGCUCCGUGCGCAGCGCGACCCUGCAAAGUUUCCCUUGGUCAUCUCGCAGGAUGCCAAUGACGCGGCCAUGCAAGAGUUGGUGCAGCGAAGCUUCGUGAAGACGGGCCAGGCGUAUCAUAUGCAUCAUGAGCACGACCCCAAUGCUCCAGCGAUUGCAACAAAGUACGGUGGCAAAAAAGCUAUCGGCUACGUACGCAUCGCUCAACAUUUUGGUUUCGUUAUGCGGAGGAUGUUCGACGAGUUUGGUUUCGAGGCGGUGAUCUUCUUGGAGGAGGAUCUCGAGAUUUCGCCCGACUUUUUUUCGUACUUUGGAGCCAUGCGAACCUUGCUAAGGUCGGACACAGACCUGUUUUGUGUCAGUGCUUGGAAUGACAACGGUUACUCCACCCUCGUCCAGGAUCCCAAGGUCGCCUACCGAACGGCCUCUCGCUUGCAGCGAUUUCUUUCCCGGCCUCGGAUGGAUGAUGGCCAGAUGCCGAGCAUGUCUUCAAUUGUUCUGAUCGAGAAAGACCGACCCGUCUUCUGCCAAGACUUCACGAGUUUCCACCGCCUCAGGGCUACGGCAAGCCCGGAGAGUGAGAAGAAGAAGCUGUCACAGCGUUUGAUAAAGCACACGGACUUCGUGUACCGCUGCUUAAGCCACGGUCAAUUGGAAGACUUCUACUCCCUCGGCAAGGAGCUAGGUUUCGGCUCCUUCGGCACCAUCUACUUGGCCCAGCACAAGAUGCUCGGGCCCGGCUUUGCCUUUGCGGUCAAGAAGAUCCGCAAGUCGGAGAAUGAUGAGAAGUUGCAAGAGCUUCUCAUGAACGAGAUUCAUGCCCUGAUGGACCUGGACCAUCCCAAUGUGGUCAAGCUGCUCAGGUACUUCGAUGAGGGCAGCUACAUGUACCUCGUUUUCGAACUUUGUCAAGGUCCGGAUCUGCAAACACGGCUUGAGAAUGAGGGCCGGGUCGAGGAGAAGGAGGCGGCAACCACGAUGCGGCAAAUGCUGGCCGCUCUAAAGUGCUGCCACGAGCACUACAUUGGGCACUUCGAUGUGAAGCCGGAGAAUUUCAUUUACCGCAGCACCGAUAUGACUAGGCUGAAGAUGAUCGAUUUGGGCCUCGCGACCAGGUUCAAACGAAGUCGCAAGGAGAUCCGAGGAACAAGUGCAUACAUGGCGCCAGAGAUGUGGGAUGGCUUCUUUGGGCCGGAGGCUGACAGCUGGGGCUGCGGUGCCGUUUUCUUCAACCUGCUCACAGGUAAGUCCUUCUUUCCGCCAACGAUGGGGGAUGAUGACAUAAAGAUCCUCGCAAAAGACCGAAAGUGGGUGCGGAACAGGUUGAGAGUGCUGCGGGAUUCCGGCCUUUCCAAGGAAGCGAUUGACCUCGUCAGCAAAUUGAUGCGCCACGACCGGCACUUCAGGCUCACUGCGCGAGAGGCUCUUCAACAUCCCUUCUUCACACUGCACAGCGAGCGAGAGGCCGCGGAGGCCUUGUGCAAACACAACCCUGAGUAUGCAGAGCUGGAUCGGCAAGCGCAGGAGAUCGUGGACCAGCUCGUGGGACACUUCACAGCCUUUGCUGCACAGCCGGUCCUGGUCCGUGCUGCCCUACUCCUGAUGGCACACGUCGGGGCCUACAGCUUCGAACACGCACGGCCACAGCGGGUGGCCUUCUCCAAGCUUGACAGGUCGGUGAGUGGCGGACUGUCCAUGGAAGAUUUGGAAGCCUUCUACGAAGACAGCGGCAUGCCAAUGCCAGAAAUGCUGGAAAGUGCAUUCAGCGGUGUGGAUGUGGACGACGACGGCUACAUCACCUACAUCGAAUUCCUUUCAGCCACGCUACCGCGCUGGGCUCGCAGCGACCGGACAUUCUGUCGCCGCGUUUUCGAGAUCCUGGACCGAAAUUGUGAUGGGAUAAUUGAUGCCGCUGAUCUGGCACAGGCCUUCUUCCCUGACAAGGACGAGAAAGGCUCAGGCAUUUGUGCUGAAAGCUUGGCAGAGAUCUGUGACGGGCAGCUAACCUGGAAGCGUUUCCUGGAACUUAUGCAGCAUGCUUGA